UUUUGUUUUCACAAUUUGAAAAAUAUUUUUUUAUUAUUUUAAUAAUUUUAUUUUAAUUAGGUCAAAUUAUUAUUAAUCAUUUUUCAAAAACAGAGGUGAUUUUAAAUUUAUUUAUUCACGUUUUCGUAUAAAAUGAAGCCUAAACCACCAGCUCCAUCACCUCCUCUCCCAAUAGAGGUGUGGGGCCAGAUUUUUGAGAAAAUAGAUAGUCCACUUGAUCUUAUGAGAGCUAGAAGAGUUUGUAAAAGAUGGAAUGAAGAAAUAAACAGAGUUUUGCCAUUCGCCAAUUGGAAGAAACUAUGCUUCAGAGAAAUCGGAGUAUUUUCAUUGUCUUCUAUUGCAGCAGUGGUACAACCCACAUUACCAAAAGCUAAUUAUAGAGAAAUUGAGGAUCAGAAUUUUUGGCGUGAUGUGUAUUAUCAUUAUAAAAAGUGGUUAAAAAUUACGAAGUUACCUAUUCAGACAGCUUCACCAUCAAAUAAGCUAUUAUUAUCUAAUCAUGAACACAUUACAUGUUUUGAUACCUGGGGUGUUUGGACUAUGUAUGGAUCGAAUAUCGGUAGAAUAUAUAUUCUAGAAGAUGAUGGACACAGAAAACGUCGUCGUGCUAUAGAUCUUCAUGGACCAAUAGAUGAAGUUAAAAUUUGGCAUAGUGAUAAUGAUCAAUUUUUAUUUUUUGCGGUAACACAACUCAAAACUAUUCAUAUUGGAUACCCACAAAUUAAUAUUACUUUGAGAGGACAUAAAGUAUGUACUGGAACGGCAAAUAAUUUAUACUAUAUGCAGGAUAAUAUUCUUAUAAAGCUUAAACCAACGCCACCGACUGUAGGUGUUACAUUGACGAUAACUUUGAAUUUUAAUCUAGAUGAACAAAUCGUCGCUAUAAGUUCACGAGAAUCAAAGAUUUUCUUAGUGGUUCAAGCUGAGGCACAAUUGAGAAUAUUCACGAUAGAAGAUGAAUCACUUAGGAAAGAAGAACCAAUGUUUCAAGUUCUAUCUAUUGUGGAGGUUCCAUCAUUGCCUGUGGUUUCUCCGAAUAUGCGUAUUUAUGUUACUUUGAACAGUACCAUAAUAUGCCUAAUAAAUGAAAAUAUGUAUUUGCAUACUCCAGAAACAGAUUUCUGGGUGAUCCAUGAUCAGUCAAAGUAUUUUGAAGCUAAGGUGACGUCCCUAAUUGUGCAUGGGAAUUAUUUAAUAUUAGGAUUAUCAAAUGGAACUUUGUCCAUGUACUAUGUUGAAGGAACCGAUAACUUACUCAACCCUAAUUUAUUUGGAAAACAACCAGUUAUAACGCGUAAGCUUAAUUCAUUACCCAUCAUCGCCAUCAAAGUAGCUGAUGUUCAUGGAAAUAUACACAUUACAGUAUUCAGCCCAAUGAACAUGUUUACCUUAAUAUUUUAGCUAUAUUUUUUAUACAGAAUUUGUGUGUUGUUAGAUAAUGAUAUUUA